AUGCCGACACAGGACGGAUUGGAAAGCACCGUGUCAUUCUAUAAUGGAGCAGUUGAGCCGCAACCUUUGGGGGAGGGUGCAAUUAAGGAUCUAAUAAUAAGCCAGCCGGCACAGGCUAUUGGGAGGAGCUCAAGGUCGCCUUGCCUUCCUGCGAGAACGGUUCGAACCCAGAGCUACGUCAGCCCGCAUAGCACAUAUACCGGAUAUACUGCAUAUCUAUGCCCUCUGCCUGCGCACGUUCCCCCGUCUCCCCAACCUCAAGCCCCCUGGGGCAGAUGGCCAUCAACCCCAGCGAGCUGGUACCGAGCGGCACCAACGAUCGACGCGCCAGCGCGACGAGCACCAGUCGAUCCAAGUUACACCAUCUCUUGUGGUGCCGCUCCCCAGCCGCUGAUCACCAUGCCCUUUUUCCCUUGCGCCGGACCGCCGCCGUCCCAUCAAGGCGCGGCUUCCCACGUGCCGGCUGGACCCUGA